AUGAGCGACGACCAAGUCUUUCAAUGGCUCUUGGACGUUGACCGUAUUUGGCUUACCCAGUUUGAAGGCGUGGAGCCCUUCAGAUCUAGUGUACAGUGGUCAAAAGAGAAGGACGUGCAGGCCGCCCUCAGCCAACUCCCGAGCGAUGAAAGCACAAAAGUUCUGAAAUUCUACCGUCAUACAGAUGCAAAGCUUUGCCUUGGCUCGUGCUUGUUGAAGCGCCGAGCAAUCUCAGACUUUUGCAACGUCCCGUGGGCUGAUGUCGCCAUAGGAGUGGAUAGCAACCGUAAACCCUGCUACUCACCGAAAGAAGCUACUGGCAAGAAGCUGGAAUUCAACGUGUCCCAUCACGGCACGUUGGUUGCGCUCGUCGGUUGUCCGGGCAAUAACGUGAAGCUUGGUGUUGAUGUGGUCAGGAUGAGCUGGGAGAAGGACUAUGACAAGGUCAUGAAAGAGGGAUUCGAAUCAUGGGCUACUACAUAUGAGAUGGUCUUUUCACCGCGUGAAAUGCGUGACAUCUCUGAAUUUAUCCCUCCUAAUUGCAGGGACAGUACGGAAGUGAUCAAAGCCAAGCUGCGCCAUUUCUAUGCGUUUUGGUGUUUAAAGGAAGCAUUCGUAAAGAUGACUGGCGAAGCACUGAUGGCAAGCUGGCUCAAGCGUUUAGAAUUUCGCGACGUCGACGUCCCAGAGUGUUCUACGGAAGGAUCUUGGGGAAGAAUCUGCAGAAAUGUGGAAAUCUACUUCGAUGAUGAAAGAGUGGAGGGUGUUCUGUUGCAAAUUCAGAGUUUCUGCAAAGAAUACAUGAUCGCUACCUGUGCUUCGAGUGCCGUGGUAGUGGAGCCGUUCAAAGUGCUCAGCGCUGAUCAACUCUUCCCUUCGAUCAUCCAGCCUUGA